ACUGUGGGGAUCAAGACCGCAGGUUUUGCGUAAGCGACCAAAACUUGGAACACAAGCAAGAACUUUAACGUUCCAUCAUUAUCUGGCUAGUACAUCGCCAUAGGACUGCCAGACACGACAUUUGCAUCUCGGGCGGCAGUGUGGAGUUGUGGUCUUAGAGCUGGACUUCAACAUUCAAAUCCCACUGGCAGCACUACGUUUUACCCUUGAACAAGGAUGAAAAAAGUCAAUUUGGAAGUUGGAGGGAAGAAAUUGGUGUAUUUUAAAACAUGCAAUAUUAAAUGACUGUUGUGAGACAGCCUGGGGUCAUUUGAGACUAUACCUGUACAAAUGAAGAAAGCAGGACGGUGUACCCCUCAAGUUUUCCUGCAUUGCAGCACAGACUCGUAUGCUGAGCGACACUUGGAGUAAUAUUCCUUGAAGGAGUUUAUAAGUCACAACAGAAGUGGCUCAAAGUAAAGCUAUCAACAUUGCACACUUAGGCUUACUGCCUUGGACACUGUGGAACCCGGAGAGGAAGACCUUUCCUGCAAACGGAUUUCCCCACACAACUUUUGGGGGCAGGGACAUUUUGUUUUCCACUGGAUUGGGGUGGGGCUAAAAAAAGGCGGAAAGAAAAAAAACAAGACCAAACAAAAACAAAGGAUUAAUUAAAAUAGACUUGGCACAGCCAUGAGCACCGCUAGAACGGAGAACCCAGUGAUCCUGGGCCUGUCCAAUCAGAACGGGCAGCUCCGGGGGUCGGUGAAGCCGGCAGGGGGCCCCGGUGGAGGGGUGGGCGGCCCCGCACUGCAGCCGACCAGCCAGAUGAAGUCCUCCAGCACAAUCAACAACGGCAGCUCCCAGACCACGGCCACGUCCAACGCCUCCAUAAAGCCUGGUGAUGACUGGAAGAAGAAUUUAAAACUUCCUCCAAAAGACAUGAGAAUGAGGACUUCGGAUGUGACCGCCACCAAGGGCAACGAGUUUGAGGACUACUGCCUGAAACGAGAGCUGCUGAUGGGCAUCUUUGAGAUGGGCUGGGAGAAACCGUCGCCCAUCCAGGAGGAGAGCAUUCCCAUCGCUCUGUCCGGGAGGGACAUUCUGGCCAGGGCAAAGAACGGGACUGGCAAGAGUGGUGCCUACCUCAUUCCCUUACUUGAACGCAUCGACCUGAAGAAGGACUGCAUACAAGCUCUGGUCAUUGUGCCCACCAGGGAACUGGCUCUCCAGGUGAGCCAAAUUUGCAUCCAGGUCAGCAAACGCAUGGGAGGGGUCAAAGUCAUGGCAACCACGGGGGGCACCAACCUCCGUGAUGACAUCAUGAGGCUCGAUGAGACGGUGCACGUAGUAAUCGCCACCCCGGGGAGGAUUUUGGACCUCAUCAAAAAGGGAGUGGCCACAGUUAACCACGUUCAGAUGAUUGUAUUGGAUGAGGCGGACAAGCUGCUGUCCCAGGACUUUGUGCAGAUGAUGGAGGAGACCCUGAGCACCAUGCCCAAAUACAGGCAGAUACUCCUCUACUCGGCCACCUUCCCCCUCAGCGUGCAGAAAUUCAUGAACGCCCAUCUGCAGAAACCCUAUGAGAUAAACCUGAUGGAGGAGCUCACUCUGAAGGGGGUGACCCAGUAUUACGCCUACGUGUCCGAGAAACAGAAGGUCCACUGCCUUAACACGCUCUUCUCCCGGCUCCAGAUUAACCAGUCGAUAAUCUUCUGCAACUCCUUCCAACGUGUGGAGCUGCUGGCUAAGAAGAUCUCCCAGCUGGGCUACUCCUGCUUCUACAUCCACGCCAAGAUGAGACAGGAGCAUCGUAACCGUGUAUUCCAUGAUUUCCGAAAUGGCCUCUGUAGGAAUCUUGUCAGCACAGACCUCUUCACCCGAGGCAUUGACAUACAGGCUGUGAACGUGGUGAUCAACUUUGACUUCCCCAAGCUGGCAGAGACGUACCUGCAUCGGAUCGGUCGAUCUGGACGUUUCGGUCACCUGGGCCUGGCCAUUAACCUGAUCACCUUCGACGACCGCUUCAACCUGAAGGGCAUCGAGGAGCAGCUGGGCACCGAGAUCAAGCCCAUCCCCAGCAGCAUCGACAAGAGCCUGUACGUGGCAGAGUACCACAGCGAGAGCGGGGAGGAGGCCAAGCUGUGAGCCGGGAGGUUGAAAUGAUAUUCCCCUCCCUUUUACCCUGUAUGUAUGUUCAGUGUUUACCCUCCCUUUUUUUUUCCAUGUCUGGAAGACUUUAUUUUUCAAAUACUGUUCAUCAGUUACCCCCCCCCCCCCCCCCCUCCCCUUUUGUAUGUGCGUGUGUGUAUGUGUCUGUAAGUGUCAGUAUUUGUGUGCGUCUGCGCGCUUGCUCAUGCGUUUGUGCGUUUGUGCGUUUGCAUGUUUGUGUGAGCGGGACAUGGCGACAUCACGGCUCUCGUGACAUCACGUGACAGUAGGUGGACCUUGCUGCACUACCACCUCCACAGGAUGUAAACGCUAAGGGGGGCGGGGCUGAUUGGGAGAGCACACGCCUGUGUUGCUGCCCCUCCCCUUACCCCCCCUUUGUUUACACCUACCUGUGUCCACAGCCAGCCACCCUUUACCCCUGCUCUCUCCCCCCCCCUACCCUCCUCUCCUUUGGAUUUCAUUUAAGGCUUUUUGCUAUUUGUAUCAAGUGCCUUAAGAAGCAGUUGACCUUGUUCAAAGUAAUAACUCUCCUUGGUUUCAUGUGAUCCGUCCCAUUCACAUCCCUAGUUUCCAGUUAUCAAACCCCCCACCCCCGCCCCCCUUCCCCCAUCCUCCUCCACCUGUCAUUUAAAAAGGUGUAGGUCCACAUACUGGUUUUUAUAGGAGGGAAGUAAUGGAGGUGUUGAACUGGUAGGACACUCAUACUGGCAAGGUUGCGCCUGGCUGGUGUGCAACUGUUCAAACUCCCAAAUCUGCCAGGACUGUGUCGCUCAGCCCCGAUUUUCAGAAGCGACUUGGCAUCCUGUUUCUCUUCCCGUCCCUUCAAAGGAGCGUUUGCUUUUAAGAGAUCCGAGUUCUCGCCUCCUCGGUCGCCGAAGCACGAGAAGAAACUUCAACAGAACUUUUGGGAACCGAGUCUCUUGGACUCGGAGGAAACUCGUUUGGAGGAGAGGAGGGGGAAAUCAGUAUUUUGCCCCCGUGUCAGUUUUUUCCUUUUUGAUUGCCACCCUGUCUGUCUAAGGUGUGCCGUAGACUGCUGUUAUUUGGCACGAUGUAAACUUUGUACAUACUUCAUUUCAUUUUUAAAGAUUGUUUUAAACAAGUGCAGAAGGCUGGUUAUCGUAAUAACGGUGAUGUUUACACCUCCUGCGAGGGUUAAGAUUCGGGACAACACUGGUUGGGAAUGUAGCAAAAUUUCAAAUGUUGUGAUCAUAAUAUUUUAGUUUGUUUCCAACGAAGUUGAAACGGAAAGCUUUGCCAGUAUUCCUCUUUGAAUACUGCACCAAGUCCAACUGCAGUUUAAUGGACUCUUAUUUAUUACUGAUGAGAAGAAUGGACUUGGUUAAGGUUUGCCUAUAACUUAGAAAACACACAAUUCUUAUAGGGGGUAAAAACUUGUGCUGUUGGCACAAGAGUUUGGUUUCUUUUGAAAUUGGAUGAGCGCGUUUAUUGUGAAACUCAUAACCCCCACCCAUUUCCUUUUGAGUAAGCAGUGUUUUCUCAAGGUCUUAAACCUCAAAGGUAGCUGUCAAGUGAAGCCUACUUAUAUAUUUAACUCUGAAAAUGAGAAUUUUCUUUAUAUUAUCCAGCCUUUGCUUGUGAAACUGACUUACGAGGCAUGAGUCAGGAAUCCCCGCUUGUUAUGAAGUGUAAACCAUAAUAAUUGGCUCGUAAGAAGAAAGAACCUAAAAAGCGCUAUACGCAUCACGCCGUUAGCUGUGGUGUAGCAUGGCUCGCUUGGCGGUAAGUGGUGAAUAAGGGGCAUGUGAACCAAACGCGAAGCCCUUUGAGAGCCUGCAUCAACGGCACGUAAGUUUGCCACGGGCGAGAUCCGGAAUAGACUAGAGCGCUUUAUUUUUCAUUUUAUUUAAUUUUUUGUUCCCUGAAAAAUUGGCGUCUUGGCCUCACGCUAUGGCUAAACGCCGCCUUCGAAUACGGGGAAGGGGGAGCGGUCUGCGGUGCGUCGUAAGUCAGCUGGCUUUUAAUUUUCACCAGUUUACAGAUGAUGCUGCACAGAAAGAAAAAUGAGCAGAAAGUGUUUGUUAGCAGCCAGAGAUGCUUGAGUGCAGACUA